AGGAGGAGGAGGAGGAGGAGGGACGCGCGAGAAGGCAGUAACUUUAAAGCCAGCUCAGAAGCCCAGACCUCCAGCCGAGCGGUUUGCAGCGCGGCGGCGGCGGCGGCGGCGGCGUUCAGUGUCUGGCCCGCCGGUCCGGUCGGGGUGUGCAGUAGGACGGACGAGCAGCGCGUCGCUGUCCCCCGGCGGCUGGAGAUGUCCGAGCCCAAGGCAAUUGAUCCCAAGUUGUCGACGACCGACAGGGUGGUGAAAGUAAUACCAUGAUGUGACGGCUUUCUUGAUUUGUACUUCCAGAAUGCAGCUUUAGAAAGUUGAAGAAAUGGAGACAGAAUAGAUAGCAUGGUCGGUCACAGGUGGGACUAGAAUGCAGCUGUCCCAUUUCCUCCAAGUCACCGACUUACAGCAAAAGAAGUAUUCGAUAACGAUGGGAAGCCUCGUGUGGAUAUCUUAAAGGCACAUCUCAUGAAGGAGGGCAGGCUGGAAGAGAGUGUUGCAUUGAGAAUAAUAACAGAGGGGGCCUCAAUUCUUCGACAGGAAAAAAAUUUGCUGGAUAUCGAUGCACCAGUCACAGUUUGUGGGGACAUCCAUGGACAAUUCUUUGAUUUGAUGAAGCUUUUUGAAGUGGGGGGAUCUCCUGCCAACACUCGCUACCUCUUCUUAGGGGACUAUGUUGACAGAGGGUACUUCAGUAUCGAAUGUGUGCUGUAUUUGUGGGCCUUGAAAAUUCUUUACCCCAAAACACUGUUUUUACUUCGUGGAAAUCAUGAAUGUAGACAUCUAACAGAGUAUUUCACAUUUAAACAAGAAUGUAAAAUAAAGUAUUCAGAACGCGUAUAUGAUGCCUGUAUGGAUGCCUUUGACUGCCUGCCCCUGGCUGCCCUGAUGAACCAACAGUUCCUGUGUGUACACGGCGGUUUGUCUCCAGAGAUUAACACUUUAGAUGAUAUCAGAAAAUUAGACCGAUUCAAAGAACCACCUGCUUACGGACCUAUGUGUGAUAUCCUGUGGUCAGACCCCCUGGAGGAUUUUGGAAAUGAGAAGACUCAGGAACAUUUCACUCACAACACAGUCAGGGGGUGUUCGUACUUCUACAGCUACCCGGCUGUAUGUGAAUUCUUACAGCACAAUAACCUGUUGUCUAUACUCCGAGCCCAUGAAGCCCAAGAUGCAGGGUAUCGCAUGUACAGGAAAAGCCAAACGACAGGCUUCCCUUCUCUAAUUACAAUUUUUUCAGCACCAAAUUACUUAGAUGUGUACAAUAACAAAGCUGCAGUAUUGAAGUAUGAGAACAAUGUCAUGAACAUCAGGCAAUUCAACUGUUCUCCUCACCCAUACUGGCUUCCAAAUUUCAUGGAUGUUUUCACUUGGUCCCUGCCCUUUGUUGGAGAAAAAGUGACUGAAAUGCUGGUAAAUGUCCUCAACAUCUGCUCAGAUGAUGAACUAGGGUCAGAAGAAGAUGGAUUUGAUGGCGCAACAGCUGCAGCCCGGAAGGAGGUGAUAAGGAACAAGAUCCGAGCAAUAGGCAAAAUGGCCCGAGUGUUCUCAGUUCUCAGAGAAGAGAGUGAGAGCGUGCUAACGCUGAAAGGCUUGACUCCCACGGGCAUGCUCCCCAGCGGAGUGCUUUCUGGAGGGAAGCAGACCCUGCAAAGCGCUACUGUUGAGGCUAUUGAGGCUGAUGAAGCCAUCAAAGGAUUUUCACCACAACAUAAGAUCACUAGCUUCGAGGAGGCCAAGGGCUUAGACCGAAUUAACGAGAGGAUGCCACCUCGCAGAGAUGCCAUGCCCUCUGACGCCAACCUUAACUCCAUCAACAAGGCUCUCGCCUCAGAGACUAACGGCACGGACAGCAAUGGCAGUAAUAGCAGCAAUAUCCAGUGACCGCUUCCUGUUCACUUUUUUUUUUUUUUUUUUUUUUGAGCUGCAGGGCAUGAUGGGGAUUGCUGCCUAUCAGCAGUUGGGUGUUCUUGCCUCUGAUGGUAGCUUAUUUGCUCUGGGGGCCAGGAAUUGGAUUCAGUUUACACUAUCAUUAAAAAAGAGGGAGAGAGAUAAUAAACUAUAUUUUGGUGGGGGUGGUGAUUAAACACCUCUUCGGGGUAUGCCUUUUAAAAAUGCUUAUAGGAAAAAAAACUUUAAAAAGAAAGCUAACGCUAGUAUAUACUGCAAUGUUAGGGGAAUGAACAUGUUUUCCUACUGCAUUGGGGACUUCUAGAUAGGUUAAUGAAAGGUCUUUUAUUAUGUUACUGGACACGAAAACUUUGUCUAAUUUCUUACUCUAUUGUACGUUUACAGUUGCAGCACUAAAAAUGGAUGACAUCAAACAUUUUUAACAAAAUGAUGUACAAACUAAAUAAGGACUAUUUAUUGAUAAUGUUUUGCUACUCUUGUCAGACAAUGGCUAUAAAAUGAAUUAGGCAGUCUUAAAAAACAAAAAAAAAAAACAGAAAAAGAAAAAAAAAGAAUGUUGCAAAUUUGUUAAAAUGCCAAAAAGGACAGUUUAAUUUUGUACAGAUUAUGCUUACCUCAGGUUUCUUUAGUGUGCUUGAAUGCCCUUCUUUCCAUAUAAACACUUAUCUUAUUAAUUUAGCAAUGAAUAUCUUUUCUUUUCUUUAAGUUUUAAAAAAACUGGAAUAAUUACAUCUAUCUUUUUUUGCUGUUUAUAUUUAGAGUUUUUUUUUUCGUUGUUGAUAAAUCAAGUCUUGGUUGUGGCUUGCCGAAUUAAAUAUUUAUGAGUGGUGCAUUUUUAAGUAUAGUGAACAAGACACCAUAUUAAGUACAGUGAUAAAGCAUCUAUAUUCUGUAAAAAAAAAAAAAUCUGCCUAUGCAUGUUUUUUAAGAAAAAAAAAUGGCUGUAUCGGCCUGUAUGGGACUGUAAUGCGCUUAGUGGUCUGACAUAUACUGGAAAUAUAUGUAUACUGGCGUACUUUAUAUUCUCUAAAAUGCUUAAUGCCUUUGAAAUUUUGUAAUCAAAAAAGCUUUGAAAAAAUCUAAAGGGGAGAGUAUUCUUAAAAGUUUUUAACAUAAGCUUGUCAGUGCACAUAUAGAUGGUUAGCAUGUUUAGCAAACCUUGUGAAAUUUAAAUAAGUUUGUAGUUACAUGUGAAACUCUAAAUGCAUGGUAACUGUUAAUGUCAUCACGGUUUAGUUCUUUUGUUCUGUUCUGUCACGUGCCACAAAAUAUGUACUUUUUUCACUUUUUUCCCUUUGUAUAUCAGUUACGGGUUACAACUGGUUCAUUCUGAAAACAACAACAAAAGUCCAUUCAUAUUUUUUAACAAUUGUAUAAGUGCCCAAGUAAUUCACUACAGCCUAAAGCCUUGCCUUUGUAAUUUGACUUCUGAAAUGUUGGCAAUCAAAGCAUGCACUUGUAACAAUGACAAAGACAAAGCAUUUUAUAUUACUACUCAAUAAAAUGUGCAUGAACUUAAAGAA